AUGAGGAGGACUCUGCUGCUACUGGCCUCUCUGGCCUUUGCUUCCCUGACCUCUGUGGCUGAUGGAGCUCCGUUGAAAGUGAUGUCUGCUCCCAAUGUUUUCCGGGUGGGAGCCGCAGAAAACAUCUUUGUGGAGUGUCAAGACUGCACUGGAGGAGAUUUUAGGGUUGAUAUCAAUGUGAUGAACCAUCCAAACAAAAUCAAAUUGAUGGCAAAAACAAUUGUGACCCUUAGCAGAGUAAAUAACUUCCAGCAGUUUGGGAAAAUAAAGAUCCCUGCAGGAGACUUCAAUAAAGAUCCCAGUGUGAAGCAGUAUGUAUAUCUACAAGCUCAGUUCCCUGACUGUCUGCUGGAGAAAGUCGUCAUGGUUUCCUUCCAGUCUGGUUACAUCUUCAUUCAGACUGACAAGACCCUUUAUACACCCAAUAGCAGAGUUUUAUUCAGGGUGUUUGCACUCACAACCCAAAUGGAGCCUGUAGAGAUGACUGAAGAAACCCAAACUGAUACUUCCAUUACCAUUAACUUUGUGACACCUGAAGGCAUAAUUUUACCACUUGGUCAAAUCGCUCUACAUCUAGGUCUCUACUCUGGAAAUUUCCAUCUUGAUGAAACUGUUAGUUCUGGACUGUGGAAAGUGGUGGCAAAAUUCCACAGCAACCCACAGCAAAAAUAUUCUGCAGAAUUUGAGGUCAAAGAGUAUGUUCUUCCCAGUUUUGAGGUGAAAUUGACACAAUUAACACAGUUCUUCCACGUGAACAGCAGAGAUUUCACCGUCAGAAUCAAAGCUACAUAUCUGUUUGGUCAAGAGGUGGAAGGAACAGCCUAUGUGGUAUUUGGGGUUAUCAAAAAGGACCAAAGUAUGCAGAGCUUUCCAGACUCUGUUCAAAAAGUUCCGAUUAGAAGUGGUGAAGGAGAGGUGGCACUGAGGAGGGAGGACAUAACAAAAGUUGAGAGGGACAUCAACAGCCUUGUAGGGGGCGCCAUAUUUGUAUCUGUCAGUGUCCUGACAGAAAGUGGUAGUGAAAUGGUGGAGGCUGAACUGAGAGGUAUCCAGAUUGUCACAUCACCCUAUACAAUCCACUUUAAAAGAACUCCAAAAUAUUUCAAGCCAGGAAUGUCCUUCGAUGUUACGGUUGAAGUUUUAAAUCCUGAUGAAACUCCAGCAGCAAACAUUCCAGUAGUGAUUAAUCCUGGUGCAGUCAUGGGACUCACUGCAGCUAACGGCAUAGCAUGGCUUACAAUCAAUACAGGGAGAAAUGAAGCCGAGCUGAGAAUCACUGCAAUGACGGAUCAUCCUAUGGUUUCACCUGAUAAACAAGCAAGAGCAGAGAUGACAGCUAGACCAUACAGCAGCAAGACUGGAACUUUUAUCCACAUAGGUGUGGAUGCACCUGAGAAGGAAUUGGGAGACAACCUAAGAAUCUACCUCGUUCUCAACCAGCAGCCAAAUCAAAAUCAUGAUAUCACAUGUCUGAUCCAGAGCAGAGGUCAGCUAGUGAAAUAUGGCCGUUACAAGACAAGAGGUCAAGUACUGAUUUCCCUGAUACAACCAGUCACCAAAGAAAUGCUGCCAUCGUUCCGCAUCAUAGCCUACUACCAUACAAGUUCAAAUGAAGUGGUAUCAGACUCUGUUUGGGUGGAUGUAAAAGACACCUGCAUGGGCACUCUGAAACUGGAAUCCUCACGACCUGCUCCAGCCUAUGAGCCUCGCAAGAUGUUUGGUCUGAAAGUCACAGGAAAUCCAGAGGCCACAGUGGGACUGGUUGCAGUUGAGAAAGGUGUCUACGUCCUAAACAACAAGCACCGCCUGACACAGAAAAAGCUGUGGGAGAUAGUAGAGGAAUCUGACACGGGCUGCACACCUGGUGGAGGAAAGGACAGUAUGGGUGUCUUCUUUGAUGCUGGGCUAUUGUUUGAGACUAACGCUGGUUCUGGGACUGCAUACAGGCAAGAACUUAAAUGCCACACUGUUAACAGGAAGAAACGCAAUGCUGCUAUAAUGGAUGUCAGAAGCAGCUUGUUAAAAAAUUAUACAGACCCAGUAGAAUCUGAGUGUUGUCUGGAUGGCAUGAAGGAAACCCCCCUUUCAUACACCUGUGAGGUCCGCAGCGAGUACAUUGUUGAUGGUCAAGGCUGCCGUGAUGCUUUCCUGCGCUGCUGCAAGGCAGUGGAAACCCUUCGAGCAGAGAAGAGGGAGGGAGACAUCAAACUGGCUCCCAGUGAAGGAGAAGACAACAGUUUCUUUGACAGGAAUGAAACUCGCACCAAGUUCCCAGAAAGUUGGCUGUGGUCAGAUAUCCAACUGCCUUCUUGCCCUAGAAACACACCUAACUGUGACACCACAUCAUUUGUGAAAAGUGUUCCUUUGCAAGAUUCAAUCACAACCUGGCAGUUCACCGGCAUCAGUCUGUCAAGAACUCACGGAAUCUGUGUGGGUGAUCCAUUUGAGGUCGUUGUCAAGAAGGAUUUCUUCAUUGAUCUCAGGCUGCCUUAUUCUGCUGUCCGUGGACAGCAGAUAGAAAUUAAAGCAAUCCUCCACAACUACAGCCCUGAUCGAAUCACUGUACACGUCAAUUUGACUGAGGAGGAGCAUGUGUGCAGUUCGGCUUCUAAACGUGGUAGGUAUCGCCAGGAGGUCACUGUUGGGCCCGAGACCACACGAUCUGUCCCCUUUGUCAUUAUUCCCAUGAAGGAGGGAGAACGGCGCAUUGAGGUUAAAGCAGCUGUUAAGGGUUCAUAUCUCAAUGAUGGAGUCAUGAAGAUGCUGCGGGUGGUGCAUGAGGGCGUACUGGUUAAAAAUCUACAGAUCAUAACUUUAGAUCCUGCUAAGAAAGGAGAAAAUGGUGUACAGAUUGAAGUUAUCAGCAGUGGUAUCCCUAGGAACAUUUUGGUUCCAAACACACCUACUAGCACACAGAUCUCUGUGACAGGGAGAGAACAAGUAUCUCAGCUGAGGGAAAAUGCUAUUGGUGGCAGCUCAAUGGGUACUCUAAUCAUACAACCCUCAGGCUCUGGAGAGUCAAACAUAAUCUUAAUGACCCUGCCUGUUAUUGCAACCUUGUAUUUGGACAAAACCAACCAGUGGGAAACUGUUGGCUUUGAGAAACGUAACAAAGCCCUCCAACAUAUAAAAACCGGUUACACAAAUGAGUUGACCUUUCGUAAAAAUGAUGGAUCGUUUGCUGCAUUUGUUGCUCGCCCAGCUAGCACCUGGCUGACUGCCUAUGUUGCCAAGGUGUUUGCAAUGGCACAUCAUCUGGUUGAAAUACAAGAUCAUGUGAUCUGUGAUGCUGUCAAGUAUCUUAUUCUCAAAGGACAACAACCUGAUGGUGUUUUCAAAGAAUUUGCACCUGUAUUGCAGGGAACAAUGACAGGUGAUGUAGCUGGCUCAGAUUCAGAUGCCUCUAUGACAGCCUUCUGCCUCAUUGCAAUGCAGGAGUCACGCUCAAUAUGUUCUGGUACAGUCACUAUGCUGCCAGGUGGCAUAGACAAAGCAGUGGUCUACCUGGAGAAGCGCUUGCCUAGCCUCACCAGCCCUUAUGCUGUAGCCAUGACAUCAUAUGCACUGGCUAAUGAAAACAAACUGAACAAAGAGAUCCUCUACAAGUUUGUUGCUCCGGAGCUAUCUCACUGGCCUGUGCGCAGGGGAUCUCUUUACACCCUGGAGGCCACAGCUUAUGCUCUUCUUGCUCUAGUCAAGACCCAGAACUUUGAAGAUGCCAGACCUGUUGUGAGAUGGUUCAGCCAGCAGCGGAAGGUGGGCGGAGGCUAUGGAUCAACUCAGGCUACUAUAAUGGUCUAUCAGGCUGUAGCAGAGUACUGGAACAAUACUAAAGAACCACAGUAUGAUCUGAAUGUGGACAUCCAGUUGUCAGGAAUGUCAUCGCCUAAUAAGUACUAUUUCAACCGGGACAACUACUAUGCCACAAGAACUUUUAAAGUUAAUGAUAUAAACCAGAAUGUCACAGUGACUGCAAGAGGAACAGGAGAAGCAACAGUGACAUUGGUAACAAGUUAUUACUCUAAGCCCAAAGAACACAAGAGUGACUGUCAGAAUUUUACCCUCUCAGUAGAACUCAUCCCAGAAGAAACAAAUACAAAUGACGCAUACAGGCUCAGAAUAGAGGUUAUGUAUAAGAACAGGGAUCACGAUGCAAGCAUGUCAAUCUUGGAUAUUGGCUUACCAUUUGGCUUUGCUGUUGAAACAAGAGACUUGGAUUUGUUGUCUACAGGACGUGGCCGCACCAUAUCAAAAUAUGCGAUUUAUAAAGCCCUGUCAGAAAGAGGCUCAGUCAUCAUUUACUUGGACAAGGUUUCUCACACACGACCAGAGGAAAUUGCUUUUAGGAUCAAACAGGAAAUGCGGGUGGGCGUCUUACAACCCACAGCUGUAACUGUCUAUGAAUAUUAUGAACAAACGCGUUGUGUGGAAUUUUACAAUGCACAGAUGGAAGCUGGAAAACUACAGCACUUUUCUUACACAUGCCUUACAGAGAACUGCAGUAUGCAGAAGAAGGAAAAUAUCACCAAUGAUGAACGCCAAGCUAAGAUUUGUGAGAGUACAGAGACCCACAAAGUAGACUAUGCAUACAAAGUGCACGUGGCAGAGUUUAUAGAAGAGUUAUCCAUAGACAGUCACAAAGCCCAAGUUAUGGACACCAUCAAAGAAGGUAAUCUUGAUGCUAAUCCAUUGAAUAAACAUCGCAUAUUUCUCAGUUAUCAACACUGCAGAGAAGCUUUAGGUCUGGAAAAAGGCAAAACCUACCUUAUCAUGGGCUCAGAUAAGGAUAUUCACCCAGAUGACAAGAUGACGUUUAAGUACAUGAUUGGUGAGAGAACCUGGGUUGAGUACUGGCCUACAGCAGAUGAGUGUCAGACUGAUAAAUACUGGGAUCGCUGCUUGGGCUUGGAAUUGAUGGUCAAUCAGUACUCAGCCUUUGGAUGCAUUGCAUAG